AAGCAGUGAUACCAGCUGAAGUUGAGAUACCAUCUUUAAGGAUUAUUCAGGAAGCUGGAUUGAGCGAUGCCGAAUGGAUUCAUGACCGACAUGAGCAAUUAGCAUUGAUUGAUGAGAAAAGAAUGAGUGCCGUUUGUCAUGGCCAGCUGUAUCAACAGAGAAUGACUCGUGCUUUCAAUAAGAAAGUAAGAGUUCGAACAUUUGAGGUAGGCCAAUUGGUGUUGAAACGCAUUUUCCCUCAUCAAGACGAAUACAAAGGAAAGUUUGCACCUAACUGGCAAGGACCGUAUGUUGUCCACAAAGUACUAUCAAGAGGAGCUUUGGUUCUAGCGGAGAUGGACGGUCAGGUGUGGCGCAAAGCUAUCAAUUCAGAUGCUGUUAAGAGAUACUAUGUGUGA